UGGCCCCGGACCCCUGGUGAGUUUGCUGGUGAUGGCAGUAGUUUGCGGUAGGUCUUGGGGAUGGAAGUGGCUCCCAGGGACUCGCACAGACCCUGGCCAUCGUUGAACUUAAGGUUCUCUACAUAUGAUUCUACUUGUCAAAUUGCCCAAGAAAUUGCUGAGAAAAUUCAACAACGAAAUCAAUGUGAAAGGAGAGGAGAGAAGACACCUAAGCUAACCCUGACCAUCAGGACUUUGCUGAAGAACCUGAAGGUAAAGAUCGACACUUUGAAGGAUUUACUGCUAAGAGCCGUAUCAACACGUCAGAUAACACAGCUGGAGGGGGACCGAAGACAGAACCUGCUGGAUGACCUUGUUACCCGGGAGCGCCUGCUCCUGGCAUCAUUUAAGAAUGAGGGUGCCGAGCCAGAUCUGAUCAGGUCCAGCCUGAUGAGCGAAGAAGCAAAGCGAGGAACUCCCAACCCUUGGCUCUGUGAGGAGCCAGAGGAGACCAGAGGCUUGGGUUUUGACGAGAUCCGGCAACAGCAGCAGAAAAUUAUCCAAGAGCAGGAUGCAGGCUUGGAUGCCCUUUCCUCCAUCAUUAGUCGCCAAAAACAAAUGGGCCAGGAAAUUGGGAAUGAACUGGAUGAACAGAAUGAGAUCAUUGACGACCUUGCCAACCUUGUGGAGAACACAGAUGAGAAGCUUCGCACUGAAGCCAGGCGGGUGACUCUGGUGGACAGAAAGUCAACUUCCUGUGCCUGUGCCCUGGCUCUGACCUCCACUUCCUCCAAGGUUUCUCACCUGGCAUCCACUUGGCUGAGCUCUGCCUGCCUUUUGACUCCAGCCCGCACCAACCGGCACGGCUGCCCUUCCUGUAGCUAAUAACUGAGGCGGAUGCUGCCAGAUAUUCCACUGUGAACUUCCAACCUUUCCUGGAUGCCGUCAUCAUGGCCCGGCCCAGCUAGAAUUGGUCUCUUUUCCUACCCCAUGCCACCCAGGUGUUCCUCUGCCUUUGCUCCUCUUCUUUGGAAUGAGUGACAUGUUACUCUGCUGUUUCCCUGACACAAGCUGUCUUGUGGGACAUUCACAGACAUGGAGCAUCUCCCAUACCUUGUUCUUGGCAGUGGGUAGACAGGAAUGCCCAGUGUUUUCAGCAAAGCUGUCACUUACCGAGAACCAGUUAUGUUCCGGAAACUCCGUGUCCUUAUGAUCAAAUAAAUCCUCAUAGUGUGUCUGUGGUGCUGGUGCUUUUUAGCCUCAUUUUACCAGGGGUAGAGCCAAACUCAGAGUUGAGACAGUGUCCUCAGGCGUCUUAGCUACUCAGUAGUAGGCUUGAAGUCCUGUGUCCCUGAUUGUAAAACAUCAGAUGGUACAUAAUCUCUUUUCUCAGAGAUCCUGUGACCUGGGUGGAGGUUGGGAGAUCCACAAGGUGAGAAGCUAAAAAGAUAAAGGACUAUCCUUCCUGAGCAAUGACCUUGCACAGAUGUGGCUUUGUGGGGUGUAUCUUGGUCUCGAGAAGAGACGGAUAUGUGGGGCUGAGCAGCCUUCCUGGAAGACAGCAUUGAACCCACGACUCUGAAGUCAACUGAGUGGAACAAGGGCAUGGGUAGAAAGAGCAGGUAGAGAGUGUGUUGUCCAUGAAGAAGACAGAGUGUGAGCUGAAGAGAUAACUCAGUCGAUAAAACCUUGCAAGCACCAGAACAUGAGAUGGAUCCCCGGAGCCCAAAAGAAUGUAUGCCUGUAAUCUUAACAUGGGGACAUGGGAAGGACAAGUGAAUCCCAGGAGCUCACUAGUGAGGUUCACAGGCCAACCAGCCUAGCGUAUCUGAUCAGUCCCAUGCGUGUGAGAAACCUUGCCUCAGGAAAUGAAAGUGGCUAUCUCCUGAAGAAUGGCACUUGACGCUGUCCUCUGACCUGCGCACAUGUGUUUGUGUGCACAGACAGGCAUGCCUGUUGAAGAGGGAGAAUAACCCCGCCCCACCUCAGACCGAAAGGAAAGCUCAAAGUGAUGGUCUGGAUGCCAGACAAGAGCCAAGCCAAACUUGGGAGGCUUUUGCCUUUUGCCUGGAAUUUGAAUGAAAAUACCACUGGAGGUAGUUAGCAGGUACACCCAUGGGGUAAAGUAACCUCGUCAGGAAGAUGAGACCAGGGCCAGGGAGGAGCUGCUCUGCCCACCAGUGUCUGACUCUCUGUGAGGCUGCUUGGUGAAAGCUGAGGUGUCCACACCAAGAGCAGGCUAGCAGCACAGACUGCUGCAGAGUAGGCUGCAUUUUCCAGCUGUCGAUAAAUCCAAAAAGCAAAAGGCAAACACGUUCACCUUCCCCCGGGGUCUUCUUUUUUUCUUGGAUUAUUUACCUAGUGAUGGGAUUCAAGAGGACAUUUACAUGAACUUUGAAAACAAAUAUCCCCAUUCUGUCUUUUGUCCUGCUCAAUCCCCACCUUGGCUCUGGAGUCUGCUGCAAAAAAUAAAAUAAAGUACUUUUCAAAAUCCA